AUGAUCUCAUGCUUCAUUUUCAGGCAUUUUUUUUUUCCUCUGGUUUCUUUUGUUUCAGACCUGCUUCGUUACUUCUUCAAUUUUUCUCACUUUUCUUCAUUCGUGUUAUUCCUUCCUAUUUCUUAUCUUCUUUUCUUAUGUUUGUUUUCAUUCCUUUCAUUUUUCUUUCUACUCAUUUCUUCCUUUUUCUUUCUUUUUUCCCUUGUUUGGCUUCCUUUUCGUAUAGCAGUCUUUCCACUCCUUUACUUUUCUUUCUCUCUUUUUCUUUCUUCGUCUUUUCUUCUCUUGAUUCUUGUUUUUCUUUUUCUCAUUUGUUUUCUUGUUUUUCUUUCUCUCAUCUUUUAUCUUCAUAUUUUUCUUCACUUUUUCUUUCUUUUGUUUGUCCGUCUCGAUUUUGUUGAAAUGAAGUACAAACAACUCUUUCUUUUCUUUCGUACUUUUCAUCUAACUUCUCUUAUUUCUUCUUUGUAUUUUCUUUCCUUCAUAGUUUUUUUUCUUGUUCGUCUUUCUUUCUGUUUGUCUUUAUCUCUUUUCUUUCGUUUUCUUUCUUCUUAUUCUUCUUACUUAUUUCUUAUUUUUCUUUCAUUUCUCACUUUUUCUCUCUCAUAUUUUCAUUCCACUUUGUUUUAUUUUAAUCUUAAUGUUUUUCUUCUCUUUUCUUUCAUACUUUCAUUCAUUCUUUCCUUUCUUAUAGUUACAGCCUUUCUUUCUUUGUUAAAUAUUUUUUCUUUUUUUUACUUUAUUAUACCGUUUUCUUUUUCUAUUCUUUCCUCGGCCUUCUUGAAUACUGUUUUCAUUGCCUUCCCACUCUUGUGCCCUGAUCAAUGCACCUCUAUUUUCAGAAGUAACUAA